GGAAGGGCGCGGCCAAUGGGCGCGAGGGGGCGGGGCCCGCGCGGCGCCGUUACCGCCCGGGAAAGGGGAGGAGGCGCCGCCAUCAUGAGCUACGGUUACGGAGAUUGGAAUUCGGGCACGAGCAGAGGUUACGAGGGUUACUCUUUCCCCUAUGGCUUCGGCCCCGAGGGCUCCGGCGGCUCCGGCGGCGCCUUCGGCUACGGAGCCGCUGCCGGGAAUUCCUGGGAUUUGGGAGCCGCCGAACCCGACGGGGCCCCCGAGGGCGGGGAAGGGCCCGGGAAGCAGCGGCCGGAGCCGGGAGCCGGGAUCGGGCCGGAAUCCGAGGGGAUGCAGGGCCGGGGCUACGGAGCCGCCGGAGACAGGUACGAUCCCUACGAAUCCUACGGCGACUCCCGGGGGGCUGUGAGCGAGCGCGAGCUCUACCGGGCGGCCUUCGACUAUCCCGACUAUCCCGACUAUCCCGACUAUCCCGGCGAUUAUCCCGACUAUCCCAACGAUUAUCCCGGCGAUUAUCCCAACGAUUACCCCAACGAUUAUCCCGACUACCCCAACGAUUAUCCCGGCGAUUAUCCCGGCGAUUAUCCCGAUUUCCCCAACGAGUCCGAGCCCGACGCCAACGACUUCUACGGCCGGCCCCGGCCCCGGGAGCAGCAAUUCCAGGGGAAAUUCCGGGAGAACUUCGGCCACCGCGGCCACGGCUGGGGCCGGGAGCGGCAAUUCCCGGGAUUUCCCGGCCGGGGGGUCUGGAACGAGCCGCGGGGCCCCCCCGGAGCCCGGAGGCUCCCGUCGCUCUUCUCCCAGAACAUCCUCCCCGAGCCCGGCGGCUUCCAGGGCUUCCGAGGCUUUCCCGGCAAUUUCCGCGGCAUGAAGAGGAUGAGGAGGGGCUGGAAGAUGUGGGAUGCGGAUUUCCGGCCGCAGCGGAAGCGGCUCCGCCGCGAUUCCUUUGGGAAGAAGCGGAAGCAGCCGAGCGGCUCCGAGGAAAAAACUCCCAAAACCGACGGAUCCGACAAUUCCAGCUCGGAAAACGAGGAAGGCACGGAGGGCGAAUCCGGAGAAAAGGAGGAAUCCAGGGGGGAAGGGGAGGAUGAAGAGGGAAGAGAUUCCGAGAAAGGAGCCCUGAGCAUCCCGGAGGAGAAUUCCCAGAAUUCCCAGCUGCGGCAGAAGCUCCAGGCCGGGAGGAAAUCCCAGGACCGGCAGAAGAAGCGGCACCGGGACCGGAUGGUGGAGAGGAUCCAGUUCGUGUGCUCGCUGUGCAAGUUCCGGACGUUUUUUGAGGAUGAGAUCCGGCAGCACCUGGAGAGCAAAUUCCACCGGGAGCAUUUCCAGUUCGUGGGCUCCAAGCUGCCGCCACAGACGGCGGAAUUCCUGCAGGAAUACGUGGCCAACAAGACGCGGAAGACGGAGGAGCGGCGCCGCGGGAUCCGCGACAUCAACGCCGUCAUCCAGCAGAUCCAGCGGGAGCAGGACCUGACACAGGAGGUGGGCCUGGAGCACUUCCUGCGGAAGGUGGAGGCCGCUCACUGCUCCGCCUGUGACCUCCUGCUCCCGAUGCACUUUGGCUCCAUCCAGAAACACCUGAAAUCCCCGGAUCACAACCACAACCGCCGGGCCAUGAUGGAGCAAUCCAAGAAAUCCUCGCUGGUGGUGGCCCGGAGCAUCCUCAACAACAAACUCAUCAGCAAAAAGCUGGAAAAGUACCUCAAGGGGGAAAAUCCCUUCACAGAUGAUCCCGAGGAAAAGGAGGAGCACGAGGAAGGGGAAGGAGCCACGGAGGAAAAUCCCGAGGAAAAUCCCGAGGAAAACCCCCAAAAUCCCGAGGAAAAUCCCCAAAUUCCCGAGGAAAAUCCCCAAAAUCCCCAGGAAAGCCCCGAGGAAAAUCCCAAAAAUCUUGAGGAGAACCCCGAGGAUCCUGAGGAAAACCUUGAAAAUCCUGAAAAUCCUGAGGAAAAUCCCGAGGAAAAUAAAAACCCCGAGGAAAUUCCAGCAGCUAAAGCCCAGGAAAGGGGAACAGGGACAAAUCCAGAGGCGGAAAAGGCGGAAAAUUCCCAAAACGCCGAGGAAUUCCCGGAGGAAUUCCCAAGGGAAGAGCAGCAGGAUGAAGAGGAAAGCUCCGGAAUGCUCCAGGAGUGAAUUCCCAACGGGAAAAGGACCCAAAAUAUUCCCUGGAUGUGUCGGAUCCGUGUCCGUGGAUGUUCCCCGUUCCCAGCCCCAAAUCCCAGGAAUUCCCAGGGAAAAGAGGGAAUUCUUUUGGAAUUUUUUCUUGGGAACUCCUGGGAAAAAGAGGGAAUUUUGUCGAGGUUUUUUUUUUUUGUUGUUGUUUGUUUGUUUGUUUGUUUUUGGGAAUUCCCAGGAAAAAAAAGAGGGAAUUGUGUAGAAUGAAUUUUUUCUUUUUUUUUUUUUGGAAUUUUUUUUCUACCGGAUCUCCCGAAGUUUUGCCGUGAUCCCGUUUAUUUGGGUUUUUUUCCAGGUGGAUUUGUGGGAAUUUUUCCCCUCUUCCCUUGGGAACGGGGAUUUUUCCGGGUGGGACAAGGCUGGGAUUUGUCCCCCUCACCUCGCUGAGGUUUUCCCAGGAUUUCCUGUGGCUGUGGAUCCCCCUUUUCCCAAUGUUUUCCUGCUGUUUUCCCAUCGUUUUUCCCCAUUUUCCCGCUGUUUUUCCCUCCCCUCUCGGAGCGUUCGGUGCCGUUGUGUCCGUUGUGAAACGGGAGAAUUCCCGAGGUUUUUGUGGAUUUUAAAGGACUCAUCCUGAGGUUA